AUGCCCUCUAGCUCCGUCUGCCACCUCGUGCAUUACCCGCUCACUCGGGCAUUGCCGUUGCAUACACAACCCUCGGGUCCCCCUCUCCCCUCAUCUCCCCCCUCUCCCCUCGUCUCCCUUCACUCCCGUCUGACCCCGCCCCGCCCUCUCCCAAUUCCCCCCAUCGCCCUCCGCGCCAGCAUGGCAGGCAUGAGCUGCAGGCAUGAGCUGCCGGGCAUGAGCUGCCAGGCAUCGUGCCACGUGGGGUCCUCGCCCAUGGCGGCCCUCCGUGCCCUUCACAUGGGCUCUCUGCGCGCCUCCACUGGGGCUGCAACGCCACCGCCACAUGAGUGGGCGCUGCGUCUCGCUACGUCACAUGCCAGCAGCGCACGUGCAGGUGAUUCUUGCGGUUGCCCUUCUCUCACCCACCUCCUCUCUGCCGACUUGCUUUACAACGACCCCCCUCUCUCUCCAACCCAUUUCCUUUCCCUGUCGCCCCUCCUCACUCUCUCUCCCACUCUUUCUUCUCAUCAACAGUACUUCCUCUCUCACCCACGUCUCCUCUAUCUCCCGCCCUCGUCCUCUUGCCUUUCUGCCGCCCAUGCCCCGUAUCCACCACCCAUUUCAUCUGCUUGUUCCUCCUCUCCCUCCCACCCAUGUGCCACCCCAUCGCCCAUGUGCGUGGGUGCAGCAGAGGGCGGCAGAAGCCAUCUCCCAUCCCACGGAUCGCCUUUCCUCCGUGCCGCCCGCUCGGAUAUGCUCGCACAGUUGCUUGAUGGGGAGGUGAGAGGUCCAGGGGUGUGUGCGUGGGAUGGUGGGCGGUGCGUGGGAUGGGGGAUGGUGCGUGUGGUGAGUGGGUAUAGAAGCAGAGACAGGGUUGGUACGAGGCUGUGGGAGAGGCUGUCGCUGUUGGCAGGGGAAGCGGGGUGGCAGAGGCGGAUGGGGGUGAGGAGUGGGAGGAACAGGCAGCAGCCCCUGUUGCUCAGAUGCCACCGUCCCUCUCACUGUCCGUCCCCUUCCGAGCGCACCACACAGGAUGCCGCCUGCAAUUUGCUGCAGUACAAUAUCGUGUAG